CUCUCUCGUUUUCUCUGAGUGCUGUUGUGUUGGGGAGAGUGCUUUUGUAGCAUCAGUCGAACGAAUGAUCAGACAAGAAGGUGUUAUUGUGUAAGAGAAAAAUUAGAGUUGUACGACCUGUGAGAGAGGUUAGGGUUUCUUUUCUUUAUUCUAGGGGGUGGGGUGGGGAGCUGAGGAAUUGAAUUUGUUCUGGGUUUGAAUCAAUCACGUAGCUUCUUUGGUUAGUCAUAGAUCGUUUUAGGGUUUGAAAGUUGGGUUUUUGUGUGUUGUGGAGAGUUUCCUCCCUCCACUCAAUCGGAAAGCUUUGUGCUUUCCUUGUUGGGCGAUUCUAGGGUUUUCAUUAGAUGGCGAGCACAGGCGAGAAGCGUCACUUUAGCUCCAUAUCACACACAGAGGCUGCUGCAGCCGCCGUUAAGAAACAGCCCUUCUUCUGGCCCUCCUCCGAAGACAAGCUUGAUACUGCAGUCCUUCAGUUCCAAAAUCUGAAGCUGUCACAAAAGCUAGAGGCUCAGCAGGUUGAGUGUUCUAUUCUUGAAAAUAAGCUUUCUCAGAUCAAGGGUAAACAAUCUCCAUACACUUCCAGUUUGAAGUCUGUUCAUAAGUCUUGGGAAAAGCUUACAGAUGCAGUGGAAUCAUGCUCCAUCCGAGUGAGUAGUUCAAGCAGUGGAUCUCGUAGUUCUCUAAACAAGGAGGAUGGGUCUUCUCCGGAUAUCAAAGACGAUUUCAUCAACCGGCUACUUGAGACUGGUGCCACUGAGAGCUCCUCAUCCAAUAUCUGCUCAAAUGGGACGGAAGAAAAUACAGGGAAAAAAGCAUCAUCAAGUCAGGUGACGCAAACUUUGCGUAACCUAGUAGCUGCGACUAAUGAUAUAAGGUGUAUAAAGGAUGAAUUGUAUCCCACAGUUCUCAGAACCGGUCUUGAUAAAGAUUUGUGUGGUCAUCAAGCGCUGAAUGAGUUGGAAUCAGAAGUCAAAAGUUUCAGAGUGGUUCUAGAUGAUGUACUUGUGAAGUUCAAAUCACUGUCUAGAGAAUUGCAGAGCUAUCGAGAUGCUGAUGCUAAAGUUAGAGCAGACCUUAGACGAAUAAGAGGGGAGCUAGAGGAUGAGGUCGUGGAGCUUCAACAAUGUAAUGGUGACUUGUCGGCGCUGAGAGCGGAAAGGGAUGCAACAGCAGGGGCGUUCUUCCCGCUGUUGAGCCCUGGAAAGAAGCUUGCUAGCAGCGAUAAGAUAAAGGAUAAACAAAGGGAUUUGCAAGACAUGGAAAGGGUUCUGAAAGAGUUAACGGUCCUGGCUUCAAGCAGGCUACAAGAGCUGAAAGAUCUUCAUGAAGAGAGGACAAAGAUUCUUGAAAAAAUGAGCAUUUUGCAGAAGAAGUCAAAGUCAGUGAGGAGCAUCUCAUCUUCUCAAGCAUGCCUUUCUUUGAAAGACCAGCUGAAAAAAUCUAAAGAAGCAGUGUUCAAGUAUAUGGCCUUACUUGAGAAAUUCCAGGUUGAAAAAGAUAGUAUUUUCUGGAAGGAAAGGGAACUGAAUAUAAAAAACGAACUAGUUGAUGUUUCUCGAAGGACUGCUUCUGUUACUGAUUCUAGAAUGGCUUCUUUAGACGUGGAGAUACAGAAACAGUUGGAUGAAAAAACGAGGAUCAAGACUAGGUUGGGUAACAUUCCAAAAGAGCGAGGUAGAAAAGAAAUCUUUGCAGAUAUGAAGGCAUUAGUAUCUUCGUUCCCGGGGGAAAUGGGUUCUAUGCGAAGUCAAUUGGAAAACUAUAAAGAGACUGCUGGUGGUAUUCAUUCUCUGCGGGCUGAUGUUCAGUCCCUCUCCGGGGUUUUAUGUAGGAAGGCAAAAGAGUGUGAAGCGUUGCAUCUGAGAUCAGCUGGUUAUACUUCUCAGCUACGUGAUCUUAAUGCUACGGUUCGUGAUCUGAAGAACAGUCACGAGGAGCUAAAGUUGUUUCUGGACAUGUUUAAACGCGAGUCAACUGAUCCGAGGGACAUAGCUGAAGCCAAGGAAGAGGAGUACAAGGCCUGGGCUCGUGUUGAAAGUUUGAAAUCCUCCCUUGAUGAGCAGAAUCUCGAAUUGCGCGUCAAGGCAGCAAACGAAGCUGAAGCUGUAUCUCAACAAAUGUUGGCUGCUGCGGAAGCUGAGAUCGCUGAUUUAAGACAGAAAAUGGAUGACUGUAAACGGGAUGUUGCAAAGCAUUCUGAUAUAUUGAAAUCCAAAAAUGAGGAACAUGGAACAUAUCUUUCUGAAAUACAGACAAUUGGAAGUGCCUACGAGGACAUUGUACCACAAAACCAACAGCUUUUACUCCAAGUCACAGAGAGGGACGACUAUAACAUCAAGCUUUUCUUGGAAGGCAUAACUUCAAGACAGAUGCAAGAUGCUCUGCUAAUAGAUAAGUACAUCAUGGAUAAGGAUAUUCAGCAAGCCAGUGCAUCAGCGAGUUUCCUCUCCAAGAGAUCCUUAAGAAUUGAAGAUCAGAUGAGGCUGUGCACAGAUCAGUAUCAGAGACUAGCGGAAGAUAGAUACCAAAAGUCAAUCACUCUUGAAAAUCUGCAAAAGAAACGUGCAGAUGUUGAGAAUGGCUUGGAACAAGCUAGGUCAAAGCUUGAGGAGUCGCAUUCUAAAGUUGAGAAAAGUCGGGUGGAGUAUGGUGUAUUGGAACUGGAGCUGGAAACCGAAAGGUUCAAUAGGAGAAGGAUAGAGGAGGAAAUGGAAACAGCGAAAAAGAAAGUUUCUCGUCUUAGGUCUCUGAUAGAAGGAUCAUCAGCCACUCAAAAACUAAGACAAGAACUCUGUGAAUUCAAAGAGAUCUUGAAGUGUAAGGCAUGCAACGAUCGUCCAAAAGAGGUGGUGAUCACGAAAUGCUGCCAUUUGUUUUGCAACCCAUGUGUGCAGAAGAUCACAGGAACUAGACAAAGAAAGUGUCCUACUUGCUCAGCAAGUUUUGGACCCAACGAUAUCAAGCCUAUCUACAUAUGAUGCUGAUGGUGAUGCACAUGGAACAAACCUUUUGUUUUUUGUUUUGUUUGUUUUGUGCUCUCAAACUACUCUUUCAAAAAGAGAAAAAUAGAUAAAAUCAUAGCUUAUAAACGCAUAUAUACAGUUAAGCUCAUUUUAUAUAAAGAGUACAUUUGUUCCAAUC